GCCGCAGGACCUGCAGUGACGGGCGCGGCAUCGUCGCGGUGACGGACGUCGUCCGCCGUGGCGGCCUCGCCCUCGGCAGCGUCUACCUUGCCAACGAUAUGGUGGGGGAGGCAUCGCUGUGGGCCCUCAUCGAGAUCGGCGACGCGCUGGUAUCCCAGGGCAGGCCGUGGGUUCUCGGCGGCGAUUUCAACGCCGCGCCUGACGUCUUCAAGGCGAAGGCGGGCUGGUGGCUGGAGGCGGUGCAGGGCGUAAUCGUGCAGUCGGCCGAGGGCGAAGCCUGCUUCCAGGCGGCCGUGCCCACCAACCUCGACUACUUUGUCGUGCACCGCAGCCUGGCGGACGCCGUGAGGAGCUGCAGUACGGUCACCCCUGGGCCAUUCAAGCCCCACUGCGCCGUCAAGCUCGUGCUGAACGCGCGCAUGGAGAUCGCGCCCGUGCGGAUCCUGGGGCUGCCGAAGCCGUUCGGCCAGCGGCGCGAGGCCGACCCGCCGUCAGCCGACCUGCAGGCGCUGGCGGCCGCGGCGGUCUCCUCUCCAGAAGCGAUGGAGGAGGCCCACCUCGGGGCCAUGCGCCAGGCCGAGGCAAAGGUCUGCUGCGCGUGCCAUGUCGCCGACCCGCUGGACGAGCGGGCGCACUGCGGGCGCGGCCAGGAGCCCGAGGAGCGCUGGGCGUGCCCUGCCUCCGACCACCCGCAGACCUCGGGCGGCCCCAAGUCGAGCGGGCAGGCGCGGCACCUCCUCGCCGUGGCCGGCUACCCGGGCGCUGCCGCGCGGCGGCGCACGCAGCGGCGCGUGCCUGCGCGGGCGGCCAGGUGCUGCGGCGCCCGUUGGGUCGUCGCGCUGGCGGCCGUGGCCGUCGCGACCACCGACGAGCUGGCGGCGAUGGCCUCCGGAGCCCGCCUCAGGGCCGCCGAGCUGGCCGCUGAGCACAGCCGGCGCCGCCAUGCGCGCUUCAACAGGUGGGUGCUGGAGGCGCUCGAGCACGGCGCAGGCGGGCCCCUCGCUUGGCGGCGCGGCCCUCGCGGACGGCAGGAGGACGAGCUGGACGUGCUGGGCGCCCCGAGAGCGGGCCAGCGCGAGGUGGGCGCCAUCGACAGGUACUGGGCGACCGAGGUCUGGAGCACGGCCGACGGCUCGGAGGGGUGGCAGGACUUCGAGAGGCCAUCGGACUCGGAGGCGCUGCCCAGGCCGACUGCAAACGAGUGGCUGGACGCCGCCAGGUCUUUCGCGAGGCACGCGGGCAUGGGCGUCAACCGCGUAUCGCCCCGAGCCCUCGGCCCAGGGCGCUCGGCCCAGGAGCCCGCAUGGCGCCAAGCGCUGGCCGCCGAGGCGGCAGGGGCACAGCAGCUUCACAGAGCCGCGCUGCUGAUCGUCCUCGAGAAAGCGCACGAGACGGUGCGGCUGGCCCGCGCCGAGCGCCUGGCCCGCCGAGCUGGCCUGCGCGGCCGAUUGGUCCGCUGCGCCAUGUCGACCUACUGCGGGCGCCGACGGAUACGGGCGGGCAGCAUCGUGGCCGAGGCAUGCACGCUGGAUGCGGGCCUGCUGGCUGGCAGCCCGUGCGCGCGGAGGAUCCUGAAGGCUGCGAUGCUACCGGUGGCGAAGGCGCACUCCGAGGAGUUCGGCGCGUGCAUCAGCGGCGAAUUGAAGCCCGACAUGCACAUCUUCUACGACGACACGGCAGCGGCCUGCUACGGGCGCGCCCCGAGGGCGAUCGCGAAGCACCUGGUGCAGGCGGGGCUCGCGGCGGCAGCGGGUCUGACCGCGCUCGGCCGCAGGAUCUCGGGGACCAAGACGGAGGUGGUGGCAUCCGACCCGCUGACGCGAGACGAGGUCCAGGCGGCGCUGAAGUCCAGCACCCUGAGCGCCAGGCCGACGAGGGUCACGAAGAACCUGGGCGUGGACCUCUGCCUGGACGGCUCGGCCGCGGCGGGGGUGGCGAGGAAGCGGCACGCCGAGGCCCGCGAGCAGCAGGGGCGGGUGGCGGGCGUGCGGCGCCAGUCCAUCAAUGCCACAAUGCGCCUGCUCGUGGGCGGCCUCCUGCUGGCGACAGCCUACGGCUGCAGCGUGCAGGCCUGGGCGACGAGCGAGCUCGAGCAGUGGCGCUCGGCGGUCGGGUCGCUCGCCUUCGGCAGCGCGCGGGGCCGAUCGCUGCAGGUGGGCCUCGCGCUGGCCGCCGCCCCCUGGCGCGACCCUUGGCGCUCGCAGACGCUGCUGGCCCAGGAUCGCGGGCUCGCGCGGGACCACCCCGACACCACCAACGACAUGCUCUGGGCGUGGAGGCACGCCGUGCGGGUUCGCCUCGAGCGGGGGCCUGGCGCCCUGGCGGGGCGCGGCCCCGCGGCGGCGGCGCUGCUCGCGCUCGAGCGGCCCUGCUGGAGCUCAACGGCCAUGCACCGCUGGACCAUGGACGACGGGACGCCGCUGAAGCUCGAGGGGAUCGGCGGCCACGCGCUUCGCAGGCACGUCCGCGACUCACACCAGCGCUGGCUCUGCCGCGAAGCCGCAGCUCGCGACGAGGACCUCGAGCGCGUGGCCAGCGGCGAAGCCGCCCGCUGCCUCCGUCGGCGGAUGCCCACCGCCAAGGCGAACGCCGAGCAGCGGGCGCGGUGGCCCAGCGCCCGCCGCGCGGCCCUCGCCGGGCUCCAGCCCGUGGCCCGCCGAGCCGCCCUCGACCCGCCGCCGCGCCGCCCGGGCGCCUGCCCCGCGGGGCGCGGCAGCGACGCCGUCGCGGGCGACGAGGUGCUGCAUGCGUUCGCCAGCGUGGCCGAGGCGUCCGACAGCGAGGGCCCCCGCGACUCGAGGGCCCUGGUCCCCGACCAGAGGGCAGCCCUCCCGCCGCCGCUGGAGGCCGAGGAGGUGCGGUGGAGCAGCGACCACGGCUACGCGGCCCUGGCGGGCGCAAGCGCCCUGUGCACCGACGGCUCGGCGAUGCGCGGCAAGGCGGGGUCGCCCGAGGUGCGCGCUGGCUGGGGGCUCGCGGCGUUGCAGGACGCGGACGCGGGCGAGAUCCUGGCUGCGGCCCGUGCCCUGCGCUGGGUCAUGCCAGGCGCAGACGGAUCCCUCGAGAUCAGGGCCUGGUGCUGCGCGUGGGACCGCCCGUACCUGGAGGUGUGGCGCGAGUUCCGGCAGGCCAUGGAGGGCUUCGGCGGCCAGCAGCUCGUGCGGGUCAAGGUGAAGGGGCACGCCUCGGUCCGCUCGGUCCGCGACGGCUACACCAUGGUGGACGACUACGAGAGCAACCGCGCCGCGGACAGCUUUGCCAAUAAGGGCGCGGAGCUCCACCCCACGGGCGAGGCGGCGGUGAGGCGCAUCGAGCUGGCCGGCGCGAUCGCGUUGGCGACAGCCCGCUGGCUCGGCGAGGCGCUGCAGCUGGGGAGCGCCGCCUUCACGGCGGCCGACGGCGCGGACGCGGGCGCAGCGGAGCCCGCCUGCUGCGGGCGCGGAUGCGGGCGGCGGGGCGCCGCGCGAUGCCGCGACGGCGGGCCAAGCUGCAGACGAUGGCCCUGCGCUGCGCACGGCACGGCGGUCUCGGACGCGAACGGGUCGCGCUGGCUCUGCAACGCAUGCGCGGGCCGAUCGGACGGCACGCCCGUCCAUGGCGGGCCACCUGGGCAUCAGGCGGCGGGGCGGAAGCGCCAGGCCCCUGGCCAGGAGACCGAGGCGCGGCGCGCCCGCGCGCGGACCGCCGCGGGCGCGGGCCGAGGAGGCGCCGAGGGCGCCGGAGCGGCCGUCUCUGGCGCCGUGGCGGCGGCGGCGCUGGCGACCCAGGCUCGCGGAGGCGCCCAGCACGGCGCCGGCAGCGCGGAGGAGAGCGGCGCAGCCGCGGGCGCCGAGAUCGCGGGCGGCCGCCCGCGUUGGUGGAACGUCAGUUUCGAUGAGUCGCACCGCCUCUGGGCACUCGGCGAAGGGCAGGGCCGCCUCGUCUUCUGCACGGUCUGCGGCUGCUACGCGGACGGUGCGCGCGUGGUCUCGCUCCGCAACCAGUGCGCCGGAAGUGCCAGCGCCCGCCAG